AUGACUGAAUUCAAAUUAUCAUUAACAAAAAUAGAUGAAAUACAAAAUCAUGAUGAUUUUAGAGUGGUUUGGUUUUCUUUGGAUAAUAAUUUUCCAAAUGAAUUAGCACAUUUUGUUGAUUACUUAGAGAAAUAUGAUUCGUUUGAAACUUGCUCUAGUUAUGUAGAAAGUCUUCAAAGUGAACGCAUAAUCAUACUCGUUUUAAUCGAAUUGUUUGAAUAUUUAUCGUAUUUCAAUAAUCUUCUUCAAAUUCAAUCAAUUUAUGUUGUGCAAAGAAAUCUUCAAAAUAUACAAGAUGAAAAACAAAAAUAUUCGAAACUGGUUAAUAUUUUUACAGAUGAACGAACAUUAAUUGAACAAUUACGUCAUGAUAUCCUAUUAACAUAUAGACAUGAUUUACCAAUAACUAUUUCGCGUUUACAUGACAUUAAAACUGAACAGUCUUUAAUGAGUUUAGAUAGAAAUACACAUACACUUUUAUGGAAUCAAGCAUUUAUCCAUUAUCUUGUUAAUGAUCCUGAUAUAGAUAUGAAUAGAUUGAAAAAAAAUAUGAUAGAACAAUGUCAACUAGAACAUUCAAAUAAUCAAAUUCAAUUAAAUUCAAUUAAUGAUUUCGAUAAGAACUGUACAUACGAUACUGUAUUAAAUUGGUAUACAAAAGACUCAUUUGUCUAUCGACUUGUAAAUGUGGCAUUUCGUAAGCGAAAUAUUGAUUUAAUUUGCAAAUUUCGAUAUUUUAUCAUACUAUUAUAUAAAAAACUCAAGGAAUUAUCGAUACAGCAACAACAACAGAAAAAUUAUUCGACUGUUUAUCGAGGACAAAUUCUUGGUAAAAAUGAUUUAGAGAAUUUGCAGUCCAAUAUUGGACGUCUAAUAUCAAUAAACACACUUAUGUCAACAUCACGUAACGAAAAUAUUGCUCGUACAUUUACAGCUGGUGCUGAAGUUGGAGUUAUAUUUGAAAUUAACACUAUAAGUGCAAGUGACAAUAUUUUUCAUCCAUUUGCUGAUAUUUCUCAGUUUAGCUCAAUACUAGAUGAAGAAGAAAUUUUAUUCUUUGCUGGUGCAGUUUUUCGUAUUAAUUCUGUAGAGAAAGAAAAUGAUUCCACAUGGAUUAUUAAACUUACUCUAUGUAACGAAACAGUCGAACAGAUAGAACAAUUUAUGGAUGGUAUCAUAGAGCUAUUAACUUCUAUAACAUGUUGGGAUCAUUUUGUUAUGAAAAUAAAUGAUUGGGUUCUAUUAAGAAAAUAUUGCACAAUAUUAAGAGGAAAAGGCUUUUUAUCGAAAGAUAUAAUGGCAAAUGUGACUAGUAUUAAUUUCUAUUAUCUGUUUAGUAUUUUAGGUGAUUAUGAAAAAGUUAUAGAAUACUAUACAGAACUUUUACACAAUGAAGAAUUUAUUGAUGAUCAACUACGUAUUGUUCUUAUUAUUCUAAUUGGUUAUAAUUAUUUUCAUCUUUUUGAAUUUGAUAAUGCUUUAUUUCACUAUGAUAUUGCAUUAUCAUCAUUAGAUGAUAAUCAUAUAUUAAGAGGUGAAAUUUAUAUUCAUAUUGGUGAUGUAUGGAGAACAAGAGAUAAUGUUGAAACUGCAUUAUCAUAUUAUAAAAACAAGCAUUAG